GCUACGGCGCCGCCAUCGCCAUGCCGAGCAGCCUGCGCUCGCUGGUGAGCGGCCGCCGCGCCGCCACCGCCGGCUCGUCGGCCAGCCUCUACACCGAGUCGACGAGCGGCUCGUCGCCGCGCCUGUCGGCCAUGCGCAAGUGCGAGACGGUGCUGGCGCUCGCCGAGGCGCCCGCGCUGCGCCCCGUCAACCGGCUGCGCGUGCCGCCGCCCGCCGGCGGAGGCGGGCUGUGCUCUCGCUGCUCAUCCCUGCUCUCGCUCGCCUCGUCGUCGAGGUACUCGCUCAACACGGCUACGGCCAGCUUCGUGCCGCAGCCGCCGGCGCCCGCGCCCGCCCUGCUCUGCAAGCUCUGCCUGCAGGAAGUCCCGCCGCGACACGUCGUCCAGCUCGCAGACUGCGCCUGCGAGUACUGUAUCGAGUGUAUGAAGGCGUACCUGGAGUUCGAAAUCCAAGAAGGCGCUUACGAGAUCUCUUGUCCGGACGCCCAAUGUGAGAAGCAGGGCGUGAUCUCAAUAUCUGAAAUGGAGACUCUAGUCACAGCAGAUUUGAUAGAGAAGCACAAGAAGUUCCGCCUAAACAGAGAGGUGGACCUGGACGUGGCACGCACGUGGUGUCCCCGUGCUGGUUGUGAGACAGUUUGCUCAGUGUGCCCCACGGAGAAGUGCAGACCACAAUGCGUGCACUGUCCCACUUGUGCAGAUGACUUCUGUUCCAACUGCCGUCGCCCGUGGCAUCCAGGUGUGCCAUGCGAGCAGGCAGCUCCUGCCUCCGAGCCACCAGGCAUACCAUUCGACUCUGACCUCAUCAAGUGCUGCCCCAUGUGCAAUGUGCCCAUAGAGAAGGAUGAAGGGUGUGCACAAAUGAUGUGCAAGCGCUGCAAGCAUGUUUUCUGUUGGUACUGCCUCGCUUCACUUGAUGAUGACUUCCUUCUACGGCACUACGAUAAAGGACCUUGCAAGAACAAACUAGGCCAUUCACGGGCCUCUGUCAUCUGGCACCGGACCCAGGUGAUUGGAAUAUUUGCUGGCUUUGGAAUCCUGUUGCUUGUGGCUUCACCAUUGCUGCUGCUGGCUGCACCGUGUAUUGUGUGCUGCAAAUGUCGCAUCUGCAGUGGUGGCAGUAAGCUUGACAGUGAAGAUGAGUUGCCUGAUGAAUCUGCAUCUUGAGCAACUAGCAUACUGACUUUUUUUAAAGAAGUACUGAUUCUGUAGUGUCGUGACAGGAUAAAAUGCCAGUGAGUGUAUCCAUAAGCACUUAGUGAAGGACUGACUGUUUUUCAACUGAAAUGUGCAUUAGGGAUAAUUCCCUGCUGUCGCGAGGACUGAAUUAGUGCCAGCUUUUGUGGGUGACUGAACUAAUGCAUACUAUUUUGUAAAUGGAAAAAAUCACUAUAAUGUUCAUCUUUUUCUUGGAGUUAUUUGGUAUUUGUAAGGAUAUCCAUCUGUGUUGAUGGUUACUGAAGUUAAUAAAGAGUUACUUUCACUUUUUUGCUUCAUUAAUGAAGUAUGGGUGAUUGUUACAUUCAAUUAUAUUUCACUGUUUAUUUUCAGGAUUUUUAUAGCAUAUCAUCAAGAGGGUUAUAGAAGCUGUCACUUUGAGAUGUGCCUAUGAAAAUAAAUAAAGACAGAACAGACUGAUGCCCAUUUUUCAGUUCUCAUUUAUGACUAUCAUCCUUGAGGAAGAGAUUGCAAGAGACAAGUUGUAUGGUUUAGAUGGUACGUUCCUCUUAACUGUUUGUUUCCUCCAAAAUCACCUUAUACACAUCUGCUCACUACAACCAUUAACACACAAUUACGCGACAGGGACACAGGCAAUUAAUAGAGGCUCUAGCGUAAAGAAUAGGAUUAAUGCAGUGAAUACUAAUUUGCAAUGCCUUGCAGUUCUUCUGUCCAAGACAUUCUUUUUAUGCAGUGAACCAACAAGUGUAUUAACUUGCUGAAAAAAGUUAAUUCAAAAUAAUUUUCUUUGUUAUGCAAAUCAAAGAAGAAAUCGUACAAUGGCUGGCGCAUUUGAUGGUACAGUUUUUCUUUUCCCUUGUAAGUCAUUACAUUUCAGUUUCUAUAAACAUGUUACAUUUUAGUGUACUUUAAAUCACUGUCAUAUAAUUUGUCAUCCUCAUCAGAAUUAUAUAAAAGGGGGGGGGGGGCUUAUCCCAUAGGCAGAGACCCAGCUAUGCUCCAUUGCCUUUUGAACUGAGGACUUAAAUACCAUAAAAAAUUGAUAUGGUUUCUACGGCGUAGGCUAAAGUGAAAAGUACAAAGUAGGCCACAAUGUAAAUGAAGUAUUCGGCAUUGUUGCCCGAGACAAUUUUUCUGUAUGUCAAACAUUCAUUUGUUAUAUUAUCUUGAUAUAAUCAUUUUUCAUUUAUUGGAAAAUUAUAAUAAAUUUAAAGAGUGGUGUUUUCUUAACCAGCUCUCUUUGAAA